AUGGUGGGCUUGGCCAAGAUCGCCAUGGAAUGUCUCCAAGAUCCACUGAGCUGGCUGUUCGUUGCCUCGGUGGUCAUCGUGCUGCUGCAGCGGCGGCAGCGAGGCAAGGCGCCGCCGCUGCCUCCGGGGCCAUAUGCGCUGCCGGUCGUCGGCAACAUGUUAAUGAUGGACCAGCUGACCCACCGGGGCCUCCUGGAGCUGGCGAAGCGGUACGGCGGCCUGCUCCACCUCCGCCUCGGCAAGCUCCACGCCAUCGCCGUGUCGACGCCGGAGUACGCUCAGGAGGUGCUCCAGGCGCAGGAUGGCGCCUUCUCGAACCGGCCGGCGACCAUCGCAAGCACCUACCUCACCUACAACCGUGCCGACAUGGCGUUCGCGCACCGUGGGCCCUUCUGGCGCCAGAUGCGCAAGCUGUGCGUGACGAAGCUCUUCAGCCGGCGCCGCGCGGGGACGUGGCUUGCCGUGCGCGACGAGUCCGCAGCCCUCGUCCGCGCCGUGGCCCGGCGGAGCGGCGAGUCCGUGAACCUCGGCGAGCUCAUCCUUAACCUCACCAAGAACGUCACCUUCCGCGCCGCGUUCGGCACUGCCGGAGACGGCGACGGCGGGAAGCAGGACGAGUUCAUCGCCAUCAUCAAGGAGUUCUCCCAGCUCUUCGGCGCAUUCAGCAUCGGCGACUUUAUCCCGUGGCUCCGCUGGGCGGACACGCAGGGCAUCAACGUGCGCCUCCGCGCUGCACGCGCCGCCCUCGACGAGUUCAUUGACAAGAUCAUCGACGAGCACAUGAAGAGGGGCAAGCACCCCGACGACGUCGACGCCGACAUGGUGGACGGCAUGCUCGCUUUCCUCCCUGAGGCAAAACCGAAGAUGGCCGUUGGCGACGGCAGGGACGACCUGCACACCACGCUCCGCCUCACCCGUGACAAUAUCAAGGCCAUCAUCAUGGAUGUGAUGUUUGGCGGGACGGAGACAGUGGCGACGGCGGUCGAGUGGGCAAUGGCGGAGAUGAUGCACAACCCCAACGACCUUCUGCGGCUGCAAAAGGAGAUCACCAACAUAGUGGGUCUUGACCGGAACGUGGAUGAUUCAGACCUCGACAAGCUCCCCUUCCUCAAGUGCAUCGUCAAGGAGACACUCCGACUGCACCCGCCAUUCCCGCUGCUCCACCACGAGACCGCCGAGGACUGUGUUGUUGGUGGCUACUCCGUGCCCCAAGGCUCCCGUGUCAUGAUCAACGUCUUCGCCAUUGGCCGCGAUGCCAAGGCAUGGAAGGACGCCGACACAUUCCGACCAUCACGGUUUAUGCCGGGUGAAGGGGAGGCCACCGGGGUCGACUUCAAGGGUGGGUGCUUCGCAUUCCUGCCGUUUGGAUCUGGCCGCCGCUCGUGUCCUGGAAUGGCGUUGGGCCUAUACUCGCUUGAGCUCAUCGUCGCGCAGCUCACCCAUGGUUUCAGCUGGGCAUUGCCUGAUGGCAUGAAGCCAUCAGAUCUCGACAUGGACGACAUCUUCGGCUUCACUGCACCACGUGCCACCAGGCUGUGCGUUGUGCCCACCCCACGACUUGUCUGUCGUUUCAUCACUGAUCUGGACUCCACACGUCAGACGACGUCGUUCGUCAGUGUAGGUGGUAUUUGA